AUGAAUAAUUUUUGGCUUUACUUUAUAUACGGCGAUAAGAAGAAAGAGGACUUCUAUUUGGAAAAACUUAAAGAAAUCAAUCGAAACCAUCGUUUGGCAUAUUUGCCACCACUUCUCCAUCAACACACAAACCUCAUCCCCAAUCUUAAGCUUCUGGACGGCGACACUAUGACUGAAGGCAGCGGACAUCACAGCGAUCAACAAAAAGCAGAUCCAAACUCAAUGCCUUCUCUAAACAAUGUACAAAACAAAUCACUCGAAUCGGUGCAAUCAAUCAGAUCUGAUCUCGAUCUCAAUCCGCGUACGAGUUAUGAACUGACACACACUCGUACUGAUGAAAAUCAGGAAAUCAAGCGAUUAAAGUCUGCUUUAGACAAAGAAUUGCCAAUAUAUAAGACGAAAGAACGACUCGUCAAAACUAAAGUGACAAAAGAGAAAGUCGAGGAAAAGGCGAAGCAUAGGUUUGCGUGGGUUAAGGAUUAUCUGAUGAUUAGUGACGAAGACAUCAUAAAGUCAAAAGGCGUGGAUGUUCUACAAUAUCUACUCUUUCAACGAUAUCUCCUCUAUUUUCUCGUGUUAUUGACAUUCAUUUGUUUAGUUAUUAUUUUACCGAUUAAUCUUCAGGGAAACGCCGAACCGGAAUCCAAGAGUUUCGCAAAGACUACCAUUUCAAACCUGGGAAACGGUUCGGAUCUGCUUUGGGUUCAUUCACUUAUCACAGCAAUGAUAGUUCCAAUGGGAUUGUAUGGUAUGUAUCACUUCUCGAAACUCAUCACAUCUGACACACAAAUAGUGAACAAAAGUGCACUUUUGGUCGAAAAUAUACCGCAUGACAAACGAGUGCCUCUUAUUAUCAAAGAUUAUUUGAUGAAAAAGUUCCCAAAAGUAAUGAUAAAACGGAUUACAUUUGUUUACGACACGAGAAGAUUGGAAAAUCUCAUGAAUCAGUUGCUGACAUCAAUUGAAGCCAAACAGUUUUGCGUCGAUUAUAAGAAAAUAUAUGGCCAGAGGUGUGAAGUGAGACCCUAUUGUUUGGGUAAAUUUGGCGGUAUAUUGUGCUGUUGCGGGUGUUGUCCCAAAUUGGAUGGAAUCUUCUAUUAUGCCGAAGAAAAGGUAGAACUCGUGCAGGAAAUCAAUAAGGAAUUAAACGAUUUAACACAACAACCGAAAGGCUCGGCGUUUAUCAUAUUUGAAGACAAUUUAAUGACUAAAGAAGUCUUCGAGAGGUUUAACCCAAGCUAUUCAUUCUGUGUGUAUGUCUACCAAUGGUAUCAAAACUUGUUUGAAAAAAACUCAGAUCCAAUGGAAACGUUCAGAUGGACAGUGAAUUACGCUCCGAGUCCUGAAGAUGUUGAGUGGCAUGACAUCGGUUUAGAGCGAGGCUUAAGCUUUUUGAUGAGUUUUAUAAUGCAUGCAAUACUCAUAUUCAUAUUCCUCUUCAUGACUACGCCUACCAUUGCUGUCGAUAUUCUCCUUAAACCCGUAUCUACUGAUGAGUCAACCACUUUGACAACACUGAGACAGUUCGGGCGGCCAUACCUACUGAUGGUCAUGACUUUAAUACUUCCAUCACUAGUAAUGAUAGUUCAGUAUCACAUCCCAUACAAGACAAGGUCGGCGUUUAACCACGGAUUGAUGUUCAAGACUUAUCUGUUCCUUAUAUUUAUGGUUCUGAUUCUUCCGUCUUUGAAUCUCUACACGACGGCUUUACUGUUGAACAUAGCGUUUGCCGACAACAGUACCCAACAGUCGAUUAGUGUGAAUUGUUUGUUUCCGACAGCAAAUAGCGGUUUCUUCACUAAUUAUGUUCUGUCCACCGGUUUUGUGGGAAAUACAGUUCAGAUCUUAUUGUUCCCGGAAUUGGCUUCUUAUAUAUUCUCACUCUAUUAUUACUCGCGAAGUGUCGCCGAAUACGAGUCCGCGCGACAAAUGGUUAAAUUUCGGUUCGGUUUUGGCACCAAAUACGCGGCAAUGCUCUUAAUCUAUACAAUUAUCAUCACUUACAGCAUAUCCUGUCCACUGAUAGCACCCGCAGGACUUUUCUAUAUGUGUGUAAAGCAUUUGGUCGAUCGAUAUCUCUUGUAUUACAUCUACACUCCGACGCCAAUCAGUAGUCAAAUGCACUCAACGGCUGUAUUCUUCGUUCAAAUGAGUCUUUAUUUCCUAAGUGUUCAGAUGUGGACCACAUUGUCUCAGUAUAAAAUCGAAACGCCGGACCGGCUUAAACUAACAGACAAUAUUCACAUCACUCCAUCGCUUCCCAUAGGCUUUUACGCUUUCAUCGGUACCAUUAUUAUUAUCAUUAAGUUUUUCAGAUAUACAUAUGUAUUCAACGUAUAG